AUGCCUCCCCCUCUCCACGUUUGUCUCCCUGGGUUGGUUGCGUAUCAAGGUUCUGCUUCAACUUCUCACUAUGGUCCACUCCGAGUUGCCAUAAUAGGCGCAGGCAUCGGUGGUCUCAGUGCUGCUAUUGGGCUCAGACAACAAGGCCACCAAGUUGACCUUUACGAAAAGUCAAGCUUCGCCGUCGAGUUAGGUGCCGGUAUCCAUCUCACCCCCAACGGGAAUGGUAUCCUACGACGAUGGGGCAUCUUUGCCGAGGAGUUUGGCGGCACUCUGCUAAACCGCCGAUUCGAGUUCCACUACAAUGGCGAACCUAUCUUGGACGAGGACCUGACGAAGCCUAAUCUUCGCUGGGAGCAUCCUUGGCAUCUCGUUCACAGGGUUGCGCUACAUGAACGAUUGAAGAGAGCCGCGACUGGAGAAGAUGAGAUAGGUUUGCCAGCUAUCCUACACACAUCAUCAGAAGUUGUCCAUGUUUCACCAGAGAGGGGUAAAAUAAUCCUCGUAGAUGGCACUAUCAUCGAGGCGGAUGUCAUAAUAGGGGCGGAUGGUGUUCAUCCUCUAGUCCAGAACUCAGGAAAGGCAGCGUUCCGAUUCUUAAUCCCGAGAUCGUUGGCAGACGAGGACCCAGAAACACGGCCUCUUGUCGAGGCUCGAGACGCUGCGUACAUGUGGUUUGCUAAUGAUAGACGCGUUGUUCUGUAUCCUUGCAAUUCGAACAAGACUCUCAACUUUGUCUGUAUACACCCCGAAGAAGAGUCCCACUCAAUGGCGGGUGAUGGUUGGGACAAGACUGGCUCACUCGAGCAGGUCCUCGAGGUAUUCAAGAGUUUCGAUCCAGUUCUUCUUCGACUAUUUCGAAAGAUGGAUCCCAAGGAACUCAAAGUGUGGCAAUUGCUGGACAUGGAGAAGCCCCCGACCUGGGUGAAUGAAAGGAUGGCUUUGCUUGGAGAUGCUGCUCAUCCGUUCACGCCUUAUCAGGGACAAGGGGCGAACCAAGCCAUAGAAGACGCAGCUACUAUUACGGUCGUGUUGCCUCGCGGCACCUGUCCGGCAGACGUGCCAGAACGCCUAAAGAUGUACGAGAAGAUCCGCUACGACAGAGCUCAUAAAAUACAGAGUGAUUCCCGGAGGGCGGGCUCGGACUGGAAGGAUGGAAGGCCUCAAGUCGACCCCGCGAUAUUUGGAAGCUUCAACUUUGCCCACGACGCCUACCACCAUGCGAGUAUCAUUUUCAAGCGGCAUCUUUGGAAGAGCACACCAGGUGCCAAGUGGAGAAUGCCUGUUUCUUUCGGGCCGUCUUAUGAGUUACGCAGCCACGACUCAAGCGACUCUUUGCAGACUUUCACAACCGCUGCCGUGAGGUUCAAGGCGUCACGGACGUAUCUCGAGUCUCUACUCCCGACCGAGUCGUACACUUUUGUCGCCGAUGACACACUCUGCGAAGUAAGCUUUGCUAUCACCACCCGGAAGAAUGUGCCGUGUCUAGGGGGCGCAGACUACAGUCGGUUUGGCCUCUACCUCCAUGGCGUUCAGUACAAGAGGGACGACGGCUCAACCGUUCAAGGCAGCUUUGUGCCUGUGCUUCUAGAGGAUUCAGCGGACAUGGUCAUUUCGACAAGAGAGGAGCAAGGGAUGCCUGCCCUCUUCUGCGAUAUAGAGGUUAUCUCAACCCCACAGACCUAUCAGAUGAAGGCAUCGUGGAGGGGUGUGGAUUUCAUAGAUUUGGCCUUGGAGGAUCUCGAGGAGGAUCCUCGAGCUGCAGAAAGCACGGGAGAUGAUGUAUCGGGCCGCGUUCUCCUAUCACGUCACUUGAGGCCGAAAAUUGGGGUCCCUGAGGAGCCAGGUGAGACAUGCGACAUCAAGGGGGGCAUUGCGGAUGCAUCUUGCAGGGUGACCCAGAGAUGGCGGAUCAAGAAAGGGUCCGUUAAACUGCAGAGUCGCAGCUGGGAAUCACUUCCGACGCUUCACCAUGUUGCAGCAGCCUUAGCGGAUAUGGCCAUGUAUGGGAUUACAUCUGCCGAGGUGGUGAGUGGAACUGGUAUUCCUAACAAGAGGAGGUAUAGCAGAAUCUAG